AUGACAAAAAAAGGAGGAACAACUAUACACAAUAAAUCAACAAAUAGUAGUAGUAGUAGUAGUAGUAGUAAUAGUAGUGAUCAUGUUGGUAGUAAUAAAACAACAACAACAACAACAUCUAUUGUGAGUGAAGAACAACUGAUAAAUACAUUGGUUUCACAAGGUGAUGCGAUCAAAUAUAUAGAUGAAAUAGUAUCAUUUGGUUCAUUGGGAUUGGAUAAAAGAGAUGAUAAAUCUUUGGUUGAUAACAAAAGUACUGGUACUACUGAUCUAUUAAAUGAUCCACUUUUACUUCAAAACUACUUUACUUCGGUUGUUGAUACUUUGAUUGAUCUAAAGAAACACUUGUAUAAUAAUGUACAUAAUGAAUUGGAAAAAUCAGCAAGAGUAGAUAUAUUGUCAAUACAAAGAGAGAUACAAUCAUUGGAAGAAAACACUUUGAAAUCAUUUCAAGUGAUCAAUGACAAGAAUAGUAUUGUCGGUAGAAUAAGAUCAAAUAUAUCAUAUGAUCAACAACUAAGAAAGAGAUUAGAAUCGAUUGAAUCAACAUUGGUCAUGGUCGACUACUUUGAAGAGUAUGAUGGUUAUGUAAAAGCCUAUGAAAAGGCAAUCAAAGAAAAUGAUAUUGUUCAAUCUACUAGACAUCUCGUCAAGAUGGAGACAAUGGUCAACAUUGGGAUACCAGACUCACUACAAUCAAUGCAACCACUUCCUCGUAUCCUUCCUUCGAUAAAAGAUCAAUUGAAAAAGAGAAAGAAUCAACUAAAGACUCAAUUGUUGGAAGAGUUUACAAAUGCUCUUGUCAUUAAUCACUUGGAGAUAUCCCUAGCUAGAGAUAAUAUCUACCAAUUGAUUGGCGCUUUGGAGCAACUUGGUUUAUUGUAUUUUAUCGUUUCUUCCAUUUCAAAUCAAAUUUAUAAAUCAAUUAUACAACCACUUCUCUCAACCGUCCAAGCUAGACUCUCUUUAACAAAAAAUGAAUCACAACCAACAAUUGAUAUUAGUAAAAAUGGAAACCAUUUAAAAUUAACAAUAGAUAUUCAAGAAAAGAACAAAAUAUCAACAAUUGACAAUUUAUUCAAUAUAUUAAAAAACAUGUUUGAAUUUAUUUAUAAUCAUAUAUUUGGAAAGGAGAAUCGAUUGAUGGAGAGAUUUGGAACUGAUAUUUGGAGUGAUAUAUCAACUACCAUCAUUUCAAAUUGUUUAAAAAAUAUAAUACCAGAUGAUCCAUCACAACUUUCAUUAUUCCAAAGUAUUCAAAGUAAACCAUUUGAAGAAUAUUUGGUUCAAAUAGGUUUAAUCAAUUCAACACAACAAAGUAUAACAGAAUUUAUUAAUAAUAUUGAAUCACAUUUUGCAGAGAAAAAGAGACACAACCUGUUGGCAAAGGCAAGACAUAUUAUCAUGACUGAUAAAUUUGAUUCUAUUGAUAGUUCAGAGUCAGUUAUUGGUGAGUCCCAACAAAAUAAUGGAUCUCUUCAAUUAUAUUAUUUUACACCUAGAUCAAUCUUUAAAAAUGCCAACACUUUAAUUCAAAUGUGUAAAACUGCGCUUUAUGAAUCUUUACAAUCUUCCCCUCUAUGUUCAACAAAAAUUUACCAAGGAUGUAGAGAUAUUUUUGAUAUGUUUAGAUUUAUGUACAUUAAAUAUCACAAGGAUAAAAUCAAAACUGUCCCUUUAUUGGCAUGUUUAUAUUAUAAUAGUUGUUUAUUUUUAUCCCAUAGCUUUUUAAUUUUAUCUUUUGAAUUUCAACAAUUGAAAAAAGAAAAAGAUACAACUUUAUUUUUAGAUUUUUCUCCAAUCUUUUCCAAACAUGCAAAUGAAUAUUUUAGUAGUUAUUUGAUGGACCAACUCAAUUUUAUUCUGUCAUACUAUGAUGGUUGCAACGGAUUAGAUGAUACAAAGGAUGAGUUUAUCAUGAAUAGAACCGAAUCUAGUUUCAAGAGAAUGGUCAACGAACUGACAAGACUAUCACAAACUUGUCGAUCAUCUUUAACAAGAGAAGAUUAUUUUGGAUUGAUAUCUCAUUUUGUUGAUAGAGUAUUGGCAAAGUUUAUAGAAUUGGUCUUGAAGCUUGAAAAUAUUUCAACCAUUGAAACUACAAAACUAAGUCAACUUUGCUCUCAAUUUUUGUCUUUGGAACAAUUAUUUUUAUAUGAUGAUGAAUCAGAGGAAAUGGUGAAACCAAGAUUAAAAUUGGUUAGAAAUUGGAAAAAGGUUUGGCAAUUGAAUAAGAUUUUGGAUCUCAACCUAAGCGAAAUAGUUACAUUGUACAACAAAGGUGAACUUAAAAGAUUAUCAAACUCUGAAUUAAAAUUACUUGUCAUGAGUAUCUUUGCAGAGUUUGAUCUCAGGACUACAUUCUUGAAAACAUUAUCUACAACAAAUUAA